UAAAUAUGUCAGCAAAAGAAUAUGAAGCGGAGGAUGAUUUGUUAGGAUCUAUUCUGAGAAGUAGUAUUAUUUUGAUUAACUUAGAUGAUGAUUAUGAAGAAGUUUUUUCUAAUAACAACAGUCCUUUAUGCAAUCAAGGGUUCGAAAGUGAUAGCAUUAUUGAAAAUGUAAGAAUCGGAUCCAUAACCUGUAGGCUUCUACUUCAGAAAAACAAUAUUUCGAUAGUUUCAACAGAUCGUUCGAACAUAUGUCUUUAGGAUCCGACUAGGCCCAGAGUCCGAUGUCGAAUAAAGCUAUGUAUCCACAGUAUCCACAGAAUCAUUUCAAAUUUUCAAGAUAAGAUGAUAGAUAGAGUGUCUCAAUUAGUUUUGAUGGUCACUCGUUUUCAACAUAGGAAAGUUCAAUCAAUUACAGGAAAAUUGGAAAUGAACACUUUGGAUACUUGAAUAAACCUCAUAAUCGAUUGGCUGAUUAUUAAGUGCCCUAUUCUCCAGGAGUGUUGAGACCUCAUGGAAUUUAUUAGCCUGGAUUUAAUUAUUCAUAACCAUUGAAUGGAUUAGGUUUUACUGGAUAUUAAUAAGAAAGACAGCCCUUAAAUGAGAUAAAUGAUGAUAUGUAAUUGACCAAUGACAUCGUAUGAUUUUAUGUUUAUUUAAUUAGGACAACAUGUGUGGUAACCAAUUGUUAUCGCGAAAGGUCCAAAAGAUAAUUGAGCAUGGGAAACCAGAUCAAAGAGAACUGAUUUUUAGUAAGCUCGAGAGAUCUUGCGUUCAAUUUUCAAAAGACGUAUUUGGAAAUUAUGUGAUGUAGAAGAUAUUCGAGAAAGGUAUUGAUUUAUAGUCUAUUAUCCGAUAGGUACUCCAAUUCAAUAGUUGAGAUUAUUUAAUAAGAUAAGACCUCAUGCUUAUGAAUUGUCGAAGAAUAAUUUUGGAUGUAGAGUCAUUUAGAAGAUUAUUGAAAUCAUUUACAACAAUGAGUCUCUCCAGGACUAAUUCAUUGACUCAAUCAAACUCUAAGUGAAAUCGCUACUUUACGACUCAAGUGGCAACUAUGUGAUUCUCAAAUGCUUGGAAGUAUUGCAGAAAGAGAAGAUCGAGUUUUUCUUAUAACCAAUCGAAGACUCAACCUUAUACUUAUGUUCAUCUUAAUAUGGAUGCAAGAUAUUGUUGAAGGCUCUUGAAUUGUUUUCUCCCAUUCAGACUGAUAAGAUCAUGACCACUUGUUUGUAACACCAAUAUAAUCUGUCUUAAUAAGAAUUCGGAAAUCACAUCUUACAGUUUGCCAUCAAGAACUCUCAGUAUUAACAGUUUGUUGUCAACUUUGUACUCUCAAACUUUGAGAUUUUGUGUAUGAACAAGUAUGCUAGCAAUACAGUCGAAAAGGUUGUGGAAGCCUCUACUAAUGAAGUCAAAUAGCAGAUCAUGUCUAUACUGAUUUCUAAAUCCUAAACCAACAGAUAGUACUUUUCUUGAUUUAUUCAUUAGAAACAUUUUUGUGAAUCUAUCGAUCAAUCCAUUUGGGAACUACGUUAUGAAGAAAAUGAUCAUUAUGUCAAAUCACAAUAUUUUGUAACCUUUGAUAGACAUCUUGAGAUAAGAUUAAUAUCUGAUCACAGCAAUAAGAUCCUCCGAUUUCGGCUAAAGAAUCUAUUAGCUAAUCGAAAAGACCUUAUUAAUGUACAAAUCAUGA